GAGAGCUAAGGUUUAAGGGUCUCUGGUCCACCGACGCCAGCUUGUCUCGCUCUCCAGCAGCCGUGCUAGCUCUCAGGACUGCCCCACCCCCACGGUUUGGAGGUCUGCGGGACCCCUUGGUUUCCCCCUCCAGCUGGGCGUUCCGCCCCUGGCCUAUGAAACUCCACCUCCUCAUUCUUUGCUAGCCGGGAUUGGUGGACCUCCCGCGGCGAUGCUUUGCGAUUGGUCCUCAUGGAUGAUGGUGACCAGCGAGACUCCGCCCCCAGCCGGCGCUGGGGUCUGGGGGCACUGCUCAGCGGUGCUGGACUGGCGAGGCUUGAGCCGCCGCCGCACUGACAGCUCCGUCUGUGGACCAUGGAGACUGGCGCCGGUCCACACCCGCUGCGCCUGUUCGUCUGCCUGAUGCCACUCUGCCUUGCUCUGCUUCUGGGACCUGGGCGGCCCGGGACCGCGGAGGAAGUUAUCCUCCUGGACUCCAAAGCCUCCCAGGCUGAAUUGGGUUGGACUACACUCCCAAGUAAUGGGUGGGAGGAGAUUAGUGGCGUGGACGAACAUGACCGUCCCAUCCGCACGUACCAAGUAUGCAACGUGCUGGAGCCCAACCAGGACAACUGGCUGCAGACUGGCUGGAUCAGCCGCGGCCGUGGGCAGCGCAUCUUCGUGGAACUGCAGUUCACGCUGCGCGACUGCAGUAGCAUCCCUGGCGCCGCGGGCACCUGCAAAGAGACCUUCAACGCUUACUACUUGGAAACCGAGGCCGACCUGGGACGUGGGCGUCCCCGCCUAGGAGGCAACAGACCCCGCAAGAUUGACACUAUCGCAGCUGAUGAGAGCUUCACACAGGGUGACCUAGGAGAACGCAAGAUGAAGCUGAACACAGAGGUGCGUGAGAUCGGCCCCCUCAGCCGUCAAGGUUUCCACCUGGCGUUCCAGGAUGUGGGUGCAUGCGUGGCACUGGUCUCAGUUCGUGUCUAUUACAAGCAGUGCCGAGCCACAGUUCGGGGCCUGGCGGCCUUCCCUGCCACAGCAGCCGAGAGUGCCUUCUCCACGCUGGUAGAAGUGACUGGAACGUGUGUGUCCCACUCAGAAGGAGAGCCUGGCAGCCCUCCCCGCAUGCACUGUGGCGCGGAUGGCGAGUGGCUGGUGCCCGUUGGCCGCUGCAGCUGCAGUGCCGGAUUCCAGGAACGUGGUGACAUCUGUGAAGCCUGUCCCCCAGGGUUCUUCAAGGUGUCCCCAAGGCGGCCCCUCUGCUCCCCAUGCCCGGAGCACAGCCUGGCUCUGGAGAAUGCCUCUACAUUCUGCGUGUGCCAGGACACCUAUGCUCGCUCGCCCACGGACCCGCCCUCAGCCUCCUGCACUCGGCCGCCGUCCGCGCCACGGGACCUGCAGUACAGCUUGAGCCGCUCCCCCCUGGCGCUGCGACUGCGGUGGCUGCCGCCUGCGGACUCCGGCGGUCGUUCCGACGUCACCUACUCGCUGCUGUGCCUGCUCUGCGGCCGCGACGGUCCGGCGGGCGCAUGCCAACCCUGCGGGCCACGCGUGGCCUUCGUCCCGCGUCAGGCAGGGUUGCGAGAACGCGCCGCCACGCUGCUGCACCUGCGGCCGGGCGCGCGCUAUACCGUGCGCGUGGCCGCGCUCAACGGUGUCUCAGGCCCAGCGGCCGCCGCGGAAGCCACCUACGCGCAGGUCACCGUGUCCACCGGACCCGGAGCACCCUGGGAGGAGGAUGAGAUCCGCAGGGACCGUGUGGAGCCCCAGAGCGUGUCCCUGUCAUGGCGGGAGCCUGUUCCUGAUGGAACUCCCGGAGCCAACGGCACAGAGUAUGAGAUCCGCUACUUCGAGAAGGGUCAGAGUGAGCAGACUUACUCCACAGUGAAGACAGGGGCUCCGGCUGUCACUGUCACCAACCUGAAGCCUGCUACCAGAUACGUAUUUCAGAUCCGGGCGGCCUCCCCAGGGCCUUCAUGGGAGUCCCAGAGUUUCAACCCGAGUAUUGAAGUGCAGACCCCAGGUGAAGUUGCCUCAGGUUCCAGAGACCAGAGCCCCGCAGUGGUUGUCACUGUUGUGACCAUCUCAGCCCUCCUGGUCCUGGGCUCUGUGAUGAGUGUGCUGGCCAUCUGGAGGAGGCCCUGCAACGGCAAAGGAAGUGGGGACGCCCACGACGAAGAGGAACUGUAUUUCCACUUCAAAGUCCCGACACGACGCACAUUUCUGGAUCCCCAGAGCUGCGGGGACCCACUGCAGGCUGUGCAUCUAUUCGCCAAGGAGCUAGAUGCCAAAAGCGUCACCCUGGAGAAGAGCUUGGGAGCAGGCCGAUUUGGGGACCUGUGCUGUGGCUGCCUGCAGCUGCCUGGUCGCCAGGGGCUGCCCGUGGCAGUGCACACUCUGAGGGAUGGGUGCUCUGACUCCCAGAGGCUCAGCUUCCUGGCUGAGGCCCUCACCCUGGGGCAGUUUGACCACAGUCACAUUGUGCGGCUGGAAGGCGUUGUCACCCGAGGAAAACCCUUGAUGAUUGUUACUGAGUACAUGAACCUCGGGGCCCUUGAUGACUUCCUCAGGCAUCACGAGGGGGAGCUGAUGGCUACACAGUUGAUGGGUCUGCUGCCUGGGCUGGCAUCAGCCAUGAAGUAUCUGUCAGAGAUGGGCUAUGUGCACCGGGGCCUGGCUGCCCGCCGGGUGCUGGUCAGCAGCGGCCUCAUCUGUAAGAUCUCCGGCUUUGGGCGGGGUCCCCGGGACCGAGCUGAAGCUGUCUACACCACCAUGAGUGGCCGGAGCCCAGCACUCUGGGCAGCUCCCGAGACCAUUCAGUUUGGCCACUUCAGCUCUGCUAGUGACGUAUGGAGUUUUGGCAUUGUCAUGUGGGAGGUGAUGGCCUUUGGGGAGCGGCCCUACUGGGACAUGUCUGGACAAGAUGUGAUCAAGGCUGUGGAGGAUGGCUUCCGGCUGCCACCCCCCAGGAACUGUCCCUCCCCACUGCACCGACUGAUGCUUGACUGCUGGCAGAAAGACCCAGGUGAGCGGCCCAGGUUCUCCCAGAUCCACAGCAUCCUGAGCAAGAUGGGGCAGGAGCCAGAACCCUCCAAGUGUGCUGCGAACACCUGUCUCAGGCCUCCCACCCCCCUGGCGGACCGUGCCUUCUCCACCUUCCCCUCCUUUGGUUCUGUGGGGGCUUGGCUAGAGGCCCUGGACCUGUGCCGUUACAAGGACAACUUCUCUGCAGCAGGCUAUGGGAGCCUGGAGGCUGUGGCUGAGAUGACUGCCCAGGACCUGGGGAGCCUGGGAAUCUCUUCCACCGAGCACCGAGAAGCCCUCCUGAGUGGGAUCAGCGCCCUGCAGACUCGAGUGCUGCAGCUGCAGGGUCAGGGGGUGCAGGUGUGAGUGGCUCAGCCCUGCCCAAGGACCUGCAGGCUACACCCCUGGGGGGAGAAGUGAGUGCUCUCUUACUCUUAGUGGGCCCUGAGCUGGUUGGUGCCACAUUGUCCCCCCAUUUCAUAUUUCCUCUCAACACCUUGCUGACCUAGUGGUCCUAAAAAAAGAGGUUCGGAUCCCUGGAGAGGACCCUAGAGAUAACAGUAGGAAGAAGUUUAGGGUGUCAAGGGCAAAGCUGGCUGGAGAAGACAGCCACUUCCAGUUGUGCUGCCUCAGGCCCCUGGGUCUUCCAUGCUCACUGGGGAUUGGGCCUAAUCAGUGGGCAUCUCCUUUCCCCAGAGAGCUUUUGGCCUGCCAGGCAGUAAGGAUCCCUGAGAGAGACCCAUUGGUUGUGGCAGAGGCCACAGCUGCCUGGGCACCUGAGUAUGGGACUCUGGGCCAGUGGGUGGUAGCCUUUACUUCCUAUGCCUUGGCUAGGUCUGUCUGAACCCUGGUGUCAGGCCCAAGCAGGAAAGUGACACUGAGCUCAGGGACUGGACCCCUAGGCAGAGAGACUCCAGAGCUGAUGACUUCCUGCCUUGGGUUGGCAGGCCUGGAUGAGGGUCAGCCUCCUAGUAGGUUACACAAGGUCCUGGUGCCCCCCACCCCCUGGGCCUGUCUGUCUCAUUUGCUUUGGAACUGAUUCAGAAGGGUAGGGGUGGGGGCUGCUCUACAUUCUGGAGGGUGGAGAAGAGGAGGGAGUGGUUUUGACAGGCUGCUCCAACACCUCUGUAUAGAGGGGGAAGUCAGAGCCUACAAUCUCAGAGCCAGGGUUGACCCCAGACCAAAAUCCAAGGAGCAGGCUGGCUCUGGAGAGAGCUUGCCCUUCCCCUCGGCACUGGCACUCCUCCCUGUGCAGUGAAUCCUCGCUGGGUGAGUCCCUUCAGGCUGCUCUGCCCUGCACGCCAUGCUCCCUUUGUAGAGUGUCUCCCUGUGUGCUAUACGGAGCCCUUGAAGGAGUGUGGUACUGAGCAAGGGUCCUGGCAGCUCUGAGAAUGUGAGAUCAAGGCCACCCUGGGAGGGCAGGAAGGCUUCUGGAUGUGGACAGGACCACUGGGGCCACGUUUUUCUACACCAUUCUUGAUGGAUCCCUUCUCUGUUUUUGCUGUGGUAACAAAGAGGGGUAGCGUGGACUGGGACAGAGCAGGUGGGGGUGGAGAGGCUGGCAGAAGAGUGUACCUUUGGAGGCAUCAGACUGGGAGGGGAGUCUCCCGGGGAACAGGGAGACCGGGCGAGUGGACUGUCGACAUGUAUGUGCCGAGGGUUGUCCCGAAGGCUUCUUAGCCUAAGUCAGAAUUGAAUAAGGCCGUGAGGGGUAGAAGUUCUCUCCUUAGGGCGGAUGGAGUUAUCAGCAGGCUCCGAAUCCAAGCAUGAGUCUCUAACAGUCUGGGGGCUGGAAGCCACAGCAUCUUUGGGGCGUACCCCAUAGUGGGGCCAGUGACUCUCAGCAGUGCCUUUCUGCCUGCCAGCAGCAGCCUCGUCAGAGCCUGCCUCACUUCUGGCUCUCUGCUCCCUGGGCACCUGCCUGGGCUCAGUGACUGCAGGGGUGCUGGGGUAGACUGGGGUACUGUGGCCACCUUUGACAGAACUGGGGGAACUGAUUGCCCCCACAGGCUCUUCCUUCAUUCUCCCUCCAGGGAAAACUGGCCCAACAUCCAAGACUCAUGGGGACCAGUGCCCUGCCUUGGGUGAUCAGAACCAUGUCCCUAUCUUCAGCCACAUGAGUCAUUGUCAAGGUUAAACUCCUCCCAGUUGUCUGUAGAGGGGUCCCUGGUUGUGCUGGCAGGACUUCGGUGUCCAGGGUAGACCUCCCCUCUGAUGAGGAGUGAGGUCCUAGAAUCCUGAGGGGUCCCAGGCCUCAGCCCUGCACAGGCACCAGCAUGAUACAGGGUGCUGGGUCGCUGGGGACCCUCCACAGGUCUAUUUUUAUACAUGGAGCUUGUUUGCUGGACAGAGAGAGGUGGCCUAGAACCCAUAUUGCUCUGUAUGCACCCACCUAGGGAGGGAGGGGCUGGUUGUGGGUGGAGGUUCCUUUUAGGAACUCUGGAGAUGUUUUUUAUAUUUCUUGGGUUCUAUAUGCAGUACAAAGUAAUAAAAACUUGUCUGUGUUAUGGUC